AUGUCAAAAAAUCUAUCACUUUACGCUGUUGAUGCGUUUUUAAUACUAGAUAAUGAAGGUAAAAGAUUAUAUGCCAAAUACUAUAAAGCACCUCAUCAACAAGAGCAAGAAGAAUCAAAGUUUUCAAGUUUGAAAGCUCAAAAAUCAUUCGAGAAAGCAUUGUUUGCAAAGACUUUUAAACAAAAUGGUGAUAUCAUACUUUUCGAAAAUCAUAUCGUUGUUUAUAAAGAAGUUUCUGACGUGGUGAUAUAUUUAGUUAGUGGCUUAGAUGAAAAUGAAUCUGUAUUAUUCACAACUCUAGAAGGGUUUAAAGACGGUUUAGACAAAGUUUUGAAUUUCCAAGUGGAUAAAAAAACUAUUCAAGAAAAUUAUGAUAAAGUCAGUAUAGCUGCAGAUGAAACAAUUGAUGAUGGUAUUAUUUUAGAAACUGAAUCAUCAAUAAUUGCAGCAAGAACUUCAAAAGCCCCAACUAAUGAACCAAGUUUGAAAAACAUUGAUUUGAGUGAAAAAGGUUUAUUCAAUGCUUUCAAUUUUGCUAGAGGCAAAUUAGCUGAAAGAUUACAACAAGGUCUUUAA